AUGGCAUCUUUCCAGCCAACGGAGGAAGAUGUUGAGACCUUCUUGAGCAUGGUCCCUGAUCUAAGUCGCGCACAAGUGAUUGCAAGGCUUAAGGGAAACAACAACAACGUUGAUCAAGCCGUGAACGAAUACUUCGACAACCUAGGUGGUCCUAAUAAGUACGAAUGGGACGAAGGCGCAUUCCAGGCUGAUCGAAAUGGGCUGUCGAAUACCCAUGGCCCAGAAUUCAAUGUCCAAUCUGCGGACGAUACAGGACCCUUUGGAGGACGUUUCGACGGAGGCCUAUCAAGACCACCCUCCAGGAUAAGCAAUACCAGGUUUCCCGCCGAUACUUCAACAUACGAUGAAGGGGACAGGGAUCUACAUGAAGCACUCGCUGCCUCGAGGGCGGAGGCAGGCCUACCGCCCCAGGAUACUGGGGUUAUAAGUACAGAUCAGCCAUUCUUCGGUCCUGCAAAUCGCAGCCAGUAUGAGCCAGGCAAAUGGGAUUUAGUUCCCACAGGGAGAACUUAUGCUCAAGAAAUCCUGCUAGACCCUGAACCUGCGGAACGAAAACGGGAGCCUGAUGCGCCUGCAUUCCUCAAGCCAAGUGUCGAAGAUCAUCGUCUCGGAGCCCUGUUGACGAUCUACCAUGAGAUACCCAUUGUGCGAGAAAUAUUUCUAGAUCGCAAAAAUGUCGUCUCCAAUUAUGGUAGUGGUAAUGAGUGGUGGACUGGGAAAGCGAUCGAGCUCCCAACAAUGAACGGACCCGCGGAUCCUGGCAGCGAACUUAGACAAGAGAUGCAACGCCUCAUGGCGUUCUUAGACAAGACAGAUCGGAGCUAUGGCUCUGCUGAUGCUUUAGCAAACUUACCUGCCGUCAAGGAGCAGCAGCGACAUGCAUUCGGGGAUGGGGUUGAAGUUGCUGUUUUAAAGGCCUAUCGUGAGCUUCUGGAGGAUUCUGAUUCUGUGGGCGCGAUCAAAAAGCUUUUCAGCAUAGGUGUGGAUGGCCCUCAACAGACGAAUUUUGAAGAGUUUGCCAUACUCAGACUUGAUCUACCUCCAAAGAACUCAGAGCUGGAGACAAUCUACGAUAUCGCGGAUGCAACACUGUGGAACCUUGGGCCGCUUGAGCCGCUUGAGCUCUCCAACAGCCCAUAUCUAAGUCAUAUUGCCGAUGUCAUUGUCUUCCAGCUCGAUGGAGACUCGUCCAGUAAAGGCGUUGAAGUACCAGCUGUGUGGUAUCCUGACCGCUAUCUGGAAUCUGGCAGACAGGCUGCUCUUGACAUGCGGCUUAGAAAGAGUGAUAUCAAGGAGGCGCUACGUAGGAUAGAGAUUAUGGAGGAAAGCUUGACGAAUUAUACCAUCCCCGGGAAAAAGACGGUCAAAGUCCAAGACUUAUUUAGAGCCACUCUGCAACAUGAUGCGGAAGAAAUCAAGGAUGACGCUGGCCUUGAUCAAACAGGUGACAACCUUGAAGGAAUACCAUCUACUCAAAAAUCUCCCAUGACGAAGAACCUCUCCUCAGAAAUUCGCAAGCUUAUGAAAAGCAUCGAUCGGAAGCUCCUAUCUCUGAAUGAAGAAAAGGAGAAGGCAAGAGAUGCACUGCGACAGUUGUCUAAGCUUUACACUCAGCCUUCGGAUGACCCAACCCAGCCGCCCCUCCACAAGUACACUCUUCGUGGUGUCAGCACUAGCAAAAGCACGAUGUACAUUUGCACACAGGCGGAAUCCAAUCUCAUAGACCUAGAUAUCAAAGGUGAUGAUUCAAGGCCGAAAGGCGACCAAUGGUGGAGGAUAAGCUAUGCAUCAUCAGGAACGAAUCCUAUUACUGUAGAGAAAACGACAGAAGAGACGGUUCUUGAAGCGGCAAGAACCUACAAGAGCGAAGAUAAAUUCUCACUGCUUGUCUAUGCGAGUGAUAAAGCCAUGUCAUGGGAGCGCCAACCAUUGCCAAAGGCCCUUGAGACCUUUGUCCGUUACGACAAUGCCUUGUUUAGGUCAGAGUUCCCGAACGAGGUUACUUCGCCUAAAUCCCCAGGCAAACGCAAAUUCGAUUCCUCAUCAGACGAGUCUUCGGAAUCUGCCAAAUGGAGCGGUGGAGUCAGCGUCAAGGGGGGUGAGAACGGCGUAAAUGUUAUUGAGAGGGAAAUUGGGGGAUCAGAGCCCGAAGAUGGUGGAGCUCAUGCGAAUAGGAACGAGCGACACGAAGUGUUCAUCGGCGUUGAUCCAUCAACCCACGCCAAAGCCGAGGGCUCAUCUGCACGACAAGAGAUGCAGGAACGGGGUAGCAUGCGCAUGCUAUCUGGCAGAAUUAUAGGAAGUGCGGAGAAUGCAACCACUGUGGAUAGUAUGGACUUGGAUCCAGUGGUCGAAGAUGACCAUGUGGCAGAGGAGAGCGGGGCGGUCAAGCACGCUGGAUCUAGCGCAUGA